AUGCCAACUUCCGUCCAUACUCAUGAUUAUGAUGGUGAAUUACGUCAAAAAUGGUUUGAAAUCCGUCCGAUGUUAUUAGAAAAACAUUUACCCGAAUCAUUACCAUUUCAAGAUACGCUAGAAGAUAUUCGUUCAUGGUUAAAUUCAAAAUAUACAAAUGUAAAACGUUUUAAACGUGCUCAUCGAAGUGUACAAAUAUUAGAAACACAACGUCAUGUAAAUUUUGAUAAUAAAAACGAAAUUAAUGUUGAAGAAUUAUUACCAAUACUAUGGUCAAUUGUCAAAAAAAAUCCAGAUUUAUAUGAUACCUUUUACGAACAGUUAUGUGAUAUAACAGGCGGAUCGUGUUCACAAGGACGAUCUACACGCUUAUUCCAAUUUCUAUUUUUGUUUGAUACACCGCAAACAAUAACUACUAAAGAUGAGACGAUAAAUAGUACAGAGAAUGGGAUUUCAAGCAAUAUUGAUCAGUAA